AUGGGAACAACGGCCGAGACGCCAGAUACCACUUCUGGUUCUCCACUGCGUAUUUGCGAUGCUUCCAUUUCUCAUUGUUCAGGAACGCAGAUUGCCAUUCACAUAUUCAGAGUGUCGGCCUUUACUGUCCAUUCUUUGGAAUUGUUGAGGCCGCUGCUUUUCGCACACAACAAAGGAGCAGUUUCACCAUUGCUUAGCCACAUGGCUGACUUGGAAACCUGCCACAGAAGUACCGUUGUAGAGUCAGUCUCUUGCAAUGUUACAGGACUGGCAAGCUUCUAUUCCCCUCAUGGAACGGCUGAAGCGAAUACACCCAGGGAGCGCCAAUAUGAUAGAAAUGCAGAAAAGAUUCAAGAGCGCAACCAGGAGUUUCUGCAGUACCCUACAGAUCAGUCCAGGGAAAUGCUUCAUGAAAGUUUCGUCGACAGCCACCAACCAUACAGCGAACCUAUGAUGGAAAACACUGGUGGGUCUGCGAAGCGAGAAAUAGCUCAAGAUGCUGCCACUUUAGUCAGUGUGGUUGCGGAUGUGCCAGAGCAAGCAGGCGAAGGAUCCACUUGUAGGUACCGGAGCAAGAUUGUCAGUGGUGCAAGCUGUGAAGUCCUGCGGAAUUCAUCCGUGCCGCCGGACCAUCGCCGUAGAGCAAGUCUGAAUGAGCCUGGCCUACUCCUUGAAACUAAGGCCUACGAACGUGUAUCGCCAACUCGGAUAUUUUCCGUGCACCACCCUUCUCGAGGCCUGCAGGCCCGUUCAGAAUCAGCAGGUCAGAACAGUAGUAGAAUGCUUCAACAACCAUUUUUGCAGCAGGAAGGGAUAUCCCCAUCGAAUCCACAAACUCACAGUGCAGCAAAUGUGUCGCGAUGCCUUCACAGUAACAGAGAAUGGGCCUCAGAAGGCCAGUCGUGUCCGCACCAAGGCCAUGCAACUGCGCCAGUUGCCAAGUUUGUGGAGCCAAACCAGACGGAAUCAACAGCGAUUCAUGGAGUCAGGCUGCGCCCGAGUAGCCCAUGCAAAACCAGCGAAAACUCUGCAGCUACCAAAGACCUCGUAAUAAACGCUCUUUGUGACCAAAUCCAGCACCAACAAUGGAAGCUCAGAGUCCAAGAAAAUCGUUUGCACAACCAAGAACAACGCCUCCACGAUCUAGAGGCUUUUGCCCUCACUGGCCACCCGGAAUACUGGAAUCGUCGCCAACCCAUACUACUAAAAGACAAGGGGUAG